AUGCCGGUGCGCUUCCGUGCGGAGCCCUUGGUGGCUGGCGUCGCCCGAUUCGUGGCCGAGGCUGCCGAAGACAAAGGUACAUCCCAGCCUGCGUCGCUGGGCAGGCUGAUCUGGUCCUUCGGGAUCCCAGCGCUGCUGGGCAGCGUGGCCUGCUGGAGGACGGCCGCAGCAGCCACUGCCCUGCUUCUGGUCUUGCGCGCGACGCGAGCGCGACAAGUCGUGGAGGAGGUGGCUGUGGGCAUCGAAGGCCUGGGAUUGCAGCUGAGCACGCGACGUUCAGGUGGUUCCAUCGCAUCGGACUUCAUCAGUGCAUCGUCCAUACAGGACAUUAUCAUUGCAGAGGCAGUGACAUUCUGGGAUGUAUUCUACUACCUCGUGGUGGAGAUCAAGGGCAGCGAAAGGACAAAGGUUCCUUUCCAACACCUCCGACCCUUGGGCCGCACCUUCUAA